GGCGGGGCGGAGGCGGAGUCAAGUCCGCUAGAGGGGAGGGUCCAGCGUGGCCCCCGGCGAGCUUCACUGCGCUUGCGCUGACAGACGCAAGAUGGCGGACAGUGCGGAACUAAAGCAAAUGGUUAUGAGCCUUAGAGUUUCUGAACUCCAAGUCCUGUUGGGCUACGCUGGGAGGAACAAGCACGGACGCAAACACGAACUUCUUACAAAAGCCCUGCAUUUGUUAAAGGCUGGCUGUAGCCCUGCUGUGCAAAUGAAAAUUAAAGAACUCUACCGGCGGCGGUUCCCUCAGAAAAUCAUGACGCCUGCGGACUUGUCUAUCCCCAACGUACAUUCAAGUCCUAUGCCAGCGACUCUCUCUCCAUCCACCAUUCCACAGCUCACCUAUGAUGGUCACCCUGCAUCGUCCCCACUACUCCCUGUUUCUCUUCUGGGACCUAAACAUGAACUGGAACUCCCACAUCUCACGUCAGCGCUGCACCCAGUCCAUCCAGACAUAAAGCUGCAAAAGCUACCGUUCUAUGACCUGCUGGACGAACUGAUCAAACCCACCAGUCUAGCUUCAGACAACAGCCAGCGCUUUCGGGAAACCUGUUUUGCAUUUGCCUUGACACCACAGCAGGUGCAGCAGAUCAGCAGCUCCAUGGAUAUUUCUGGGACCAAAUGUGACUUCACAGUGCAGGUCCAGUUAAGGUUUUGUUUAUCAGAAACCAGUUGUCCACAAGAAGAUCACUUCCCACCCAAUCUCUGUGUAAAAGUGAAUACAAAACCUUGCAGCCUUCCAGGUUACCUUCCACCUACUAAAAACGGUGUGGAACCAAAGCGACCUAGCCGACCAAUUAAUAUCACCUCACUUGUCCGAUUGUCCACGACAGUACCAAAUACCAUUGUUGUUUCUUGGACUGCAGAAAUUGGAAGAACCUAUUCCAUGGCAGUAUAUCUUGUAAAACAGUUGUCCUCAACAGUUCUUCUUCAGAGGUUACGAGCAAAGGGAAUAAGGAACCCGGAUCAUUCUAGAGCUUUAAUUAAAGAGAAGUUAACUGCAGAUCCAGAUAGUGAGAUAGCUACUACCAGCCUACGGGUUUCGCUGCUGUGUCCACUUGGGAAAAUGCGACUGACGAUUCCCUGCCGGGCACUUACCUGCUCCCACCUUCAAUGUUUUGAUGCAACUCUUUAUAUUCAGAUGAAUGAGAAAAAACCAACCUGGGUUUGUCCUGUCUGUGAUAAGAAGGCCCCAUAUGAACACCUUAUAAUUGAUGGGUUGUUUAUGGAAAUCCUAAAGUACUGUACAGACUGUGAUGAGAUACAGUUUAAGGAGGAUGGCUCAUGGGCUCCGAUGAGGUCAAAAAAGGAAGUGCAAGAAGUCACUGCCUCCUACAAUGGCGUCGAUGGAUGCUUGAACUCCACCUUGGAGCAUCAGGUGGCUCCCCACAACCAGUCCUCAAAUAAAAACAAGAAAGUCGAGGUGAUCGACCUAACCAUUGACAGUUCAUCAGAUGAAGAGGAGGAAGAACCCCCUGCCAAGAGGACCUGUCCUUCCCUGUCUCCUACAUCACCACUAAGUAAUAAAGGCAUUUUAAGUCUUCCUCAUCAAGCAUCGCCUGUGUCCCGCACCCCAAGCCUUCCUGCAGUAGAUACAAGCUACAUCAACACCUCCCUCAUCCAGGACUACAGGCACCCUUUCCACAUGACGCCCAUGCCUUAUGACUUACAAGGAUUAGAUUUCUUUCCUUUCUUAUCAGGAGACAAUCAGCAUUACAACACCUCCCUGCUUGCCGCAGCAGCGGCGGCGGUCUCAGAUGACCAGGACCUCCUGCACUCCUCCCGGUUUUUCCCGUAUACCUCCUCGCAGAUGUUUCUUGAUCAGCUAAGUGCAGGAGGGAGCACUUCUCUGCCAGCUACCAACGGAAGCAGUAGCGGCAGCAACAGCAGCCUUGUGUCUUCCAACAGUCUGAGGGAGAGCCAUGGCCAUGGUGUGGCCAGCAGGAGCAGCGCAGACACGGCGUCCAUCUUUGGCAUCAUACCAGACAUUAUCUCAUUGGACUGACGCCCUCACCUUGCUGCUCCCACCCCAUCCCAGAUUAAAUGACUUGGCAGAAGAGAACUCUAUGCUGUUUUACCUUAUCCUGUUUAGAAAAGUAUACAAGCGUGGUUUUUUUUUUUCCUUUUUUUUAGGGAAAAAAAAUUAAAAGAAAUGUACAGAGAACAAAACUAUAUUUUCAGUUUUACUUUUGUAUAUAAAUCUAAGACUGCCUGUCUGAUAAAACACUUGUUUAAAAAAAAAAAAAAGAAA